ACAAAUCGUUGCUCGUUCUCUCAAGAACAUUCUUGCGGAGUUAUGCGUAAUGCCCGCAGCUUUAAAACCGAGUGGGAAAUUUGAGUGCGAGUUUGCAAACGCGUGUCGAGCGCGCGCGUCGCCGCUGAUUCGAAUUUCGAUCGGUCAGUGCAAUUUCGAGCUUUCGAGGCGCGAAACACGCGUUGCGCGCUAACGAGCGAAUUAGGAUUAAGUUAAGUGCACAUCAGGUAUUUAAAUCAUUAAACAUUAAAAACAAAAAUGUAAUACACUUGAUUAAAUCUAAGCUGAAAGUGUUUAAAACGCUAAUAAAUCCAAAGUUUUAAGUAACAAAAACACCAAAAACAAUGAAAGAAGUUUUCUUUUAGUGAUAAACCAAUUUAAAACAAAGUUUAAAAUGUGUUUAUCACCGAUUGUGAUGCGCCAGUGCGAAACGUUCGUUAACGAUCGCCUCUCCUGUUUUCAAAACUGUUUCUGCUGUAGUUUAGCGAUCGCAGCUGGAUUUUUAGCUGUUUAUCUCCUUAUAACUUAUCUCAUCGCAUUCGCAUUCGAAUUGUUAUGGAUUUUAGAAUCUUCCACAACUCUACCGACUGCUGCAGUGUUAUUAUGCGCAGGAUAUUUCACACUCGCAUUAUUCGCGGCGUUAUUAAUCCAUGGAUUAGCGACUAAGAACACAUUGUGCCUGAUUGCCUGGAUGUUCGCCGUCACGGUUCUCACGUUUCCGGAAGCCGGAAUGGUCAUUUACAUGAGCAUCCAAUACUGGAGAAUUGAAUCAUUGUAUGGAAUAACUGAGUUAACGUGUUGGUUGGCACGAAUUCUCGCCAAUGUCAUCGAAAUCGUGUUAGUGCAGUCGCUGUACACGUCCUGGAAGGAAGAAGAGAUUGUUUCCAAGCGAUUGCGUGACCUAAGUCUGCAGGCAGUGACAAUUCCUGCGGAAACAGCAGCGUACCAUCAAAAUGGCGGGCCGUUUUAUCAAAAUAAUGCGUUUAACACCUCAAUGGAACAGUUGCAGUAUUUAGGAUCGUUGAAACGCGCAUCUAGCACGCCGCAUCUGUUUGGAAACUUUGCUUUUCCCAACAAUAUGAUGGGUAAUGUCUUUGAUUAUUAUCAAGGCUAUCAAGGAUAUCAAUUUACGACUGCAAGUGAAUUUAAUGCAUCGAUAUUUGUACCACAAAAGAUUGAUACUUCGACUGAAUCAAUGAAAAAAACACAAUCCUUAAUGGAUCUCCGUCAAGUUUCCGCAUUACCUGCACCUCAAACCACACCGGAUGACAAACUAUCAUCCAAGGAUUCUUUACCACAAGGAUUCUGGCCAGUGCCUAACUAUCCGAGAAGUAACUACACGCUUAGUUUAGGCAGACAAGCACAUACCAAACUGCCAAAGUUCGCCUCCCUCGACGAACUUAACCAGAGCUCCACGCACAUUAAUCUUCCCGACGCUGUGGAUGGUCAACGUGACACGCACUUGAUCCGAAAUCGUACCGGUUUCUAUGCGCAGCCAGUCGAGAAUUACGGCGUGCCAAUCUAUUACGGUCCUUUGGAUGGGCCAGACUUUUUAAUAUAUAAGAAACAAGUGGAUAAAUUAAGUAGCAAAAUCCUCAGCAAUGCUUCCGCUGAGGAUGUGCAGAAAUAUCGUGAUGUGGCACUUUAAAUCUUCAUAUGACUAAAAUUUUAAAGUUUUAAUCAAACAAAUAUUGUGAUAUUAAUUCUUAGCAAAAAGCUCAAACGUCUGACUUGAGUUAUUAAUGUUUUGUAGAUUUGUAAGUUUUAUAAGUGCAGCAACUAACUUUUUGUACUUUUUAUUGUGACAUGUUCAUUAUAGUGAUGAAAAUAAUAAUAAAGAAACGAUUGACUAAUAAACCCCAAAA